ACGUAUGUCGCAAUGACUGAUGUAUAAGACUUUGCCGAACAUUUGCCGCUUUACAUUUUUACGUAUUUAGUAGUGUUUAGCAUGUAGGAGAGAAAUAUUCAAGAAAAUCUGCAUAGAUGUUAGUAAUUCCUACCCACCACCUCUUACACAAUUCAAUAAUAGCAGUCCUAUGGAAUAGGAGUUGUCAAGGAGAAACUUCUUCAGUUUUCAAAUUUUACUUUGCUGCCUGUCAGACUUUCACAGGGUGCAUAUGAAGAGUUCUAUAACUGAUAUCAAGUUCAGGGUGAGAAAUGCCAUGUAUAAAACAACAUAUUCCACAUUCUCAAGGAAAGAACCAGAGUUUAAGUGUUCUUACAGUAUGUACAGCAUAUCAAAUACAAGGCUAAAUCCAUCAUUAAAUGUGCACAAAAAGGCUGUUUUACCUUUGAAGAUGGGCAACACAGAGUAUAUGGAAAAAUACAGAUAUCCUGUUCCUGCUGAAGCAGCUGUGUAUAUGGAGAAACCAGUGACAUCUGUUUGUAAGGGCAAUACGAUUCAACGAAGUGAAUUAAAUCCAUUUCACUGUAGCAUUGUAAAGCACAUGGAUCCAUACAUAAGUGUGUCCCGUCUCAUGAUUGAAAACUCUACACCAGUGUGGAAGGAUGAUCACAUACUUCCUACUCGUGAAGGUUACCCUAAAGUUUCAAGUAAGUUUCAUCAGCCUGUAUAUGAUCGUUCGAUCCUUAGCUCCAAACCGACUUACAGAAACUGGGUUGCACCUCCUCGAAGUCUCAGGAAUACAGGUGUGCAGUCUGAGACGAAUUACCAGUACAGUCGGCUAACAAAUGUCUGCAGCAGAAGCAGUCAGUAUCCAGUCAAGUGUGACAUUGCUGCACCACGCAUCAUGAGUUCUGUGAAUUAUGCUACUGAAUAUGACCACAUUGGUCGCAAGUGGCCUGUCAGAGCUGUUGUUGAUCCAGGGUAGAUUAUGUUGAGAUAUAUUUCUUCUUGUAGAUAAGUAAGAUUCUUAAUAUGAUACAUUCUGCAUGAUUAUAGACUUUUCAGUGGGAUCAAAGAUAGGAAAAUAGAUCUUUUGUUAUUAAAAGGCUGUGUAACAAUUGCACAAAAGAACACUGGAAUUAGAUUUUAACUUUGUUUAGAAUCAUGUUAACCAA